AUGGCAUCUUAUAAUGGAGCUCAAUUGAUAGCUCAUACUUUGAAAGAUCUUGGAGUUGAGGUUGUAUUUGGUCUGGUUGGUAUACCGGUAGUACAAAUUGCGGAGGAGGUAAUUGCUUUAGGGAUUCGAUUCAUCGCAUUUCGAAAUGAACAAGCCGCAAGUUAUGCCGCUACUGCAUAUGGAUACUUGACAGGACGACCUGGAGUUUGUCUUGUCGUGGGUGGUCCUGGGGUUCUUCAUGCAAUGGCAGGUAUCGGUAAUUCAUCUGCCAACGCCUUCCCAAUGCUUUUACUCGCCGGCUCGAGUGAAACACAUCUGGUCACGAAAGGGGCUUUUCAAGAGCUUGAUGCUAUAUCUCUCUUAAAUCCGCACACAAAAGUUGCUAUACGUUCGAACCUCGACUCGAUAUCACAUUCAAUCACGACAGCUUAUAGAAUAUCAUGGUAUGGGAGGCCCGGGACAGGUUUCAUUGAUUUGCCCGCAGAUGUUAUACAAGGAGAAGGAGAAUACAUAUCAACACGGAUAGUGACUGCUGCACCACGGGCUGCAGGAAAUCCAGAAGUUAUACAACAGGUUGCGCAAUUACUUAAGUCGGCAAAAGCACCACUUAUCAUUGUUGGAAAAGGUGCUGCAUACGCGCAAGCCGAGUCUAUACUACGACGACUGAUCAACCAGACCAAGAUUCCUUUCUUACCAUCUCCCAUGGGAAAGGGAGUUUUGCCUGACUCGCACCCAUCUAACACCGCAGCUUCUCGAUCUGCAGCACUCAAAGGCGCCGAUGUCGUUCUCGUUCUCGGUGCACGACUCAACUGGAUACUUCAUUAUGGCGAGGCACCAAAAUAUAAUGCGGAUGUUAAGAUCAUUCAGGUCGAUAUUUCAGCUGAAGAGAUUGGAAAGAACAAUGGCAAUGCUGAACUUGGAAUCAUUGGUGAUAUCAAUGUCGUUGCCGGACAACUAGCGGAUGCUCUUCACGGCUGGCAAUAUGAUACAUCUUCAGCAUACGGGAAGACCCUGAAAGCAAGCACAAGCAAAAAUGAAGCUACCGCUGCCAAGUCUGCGGCGGUGGAUAAAAUACCGAUGACAUAUGGCAGAGCUUUUAAUGUAAUCAAAGAAAUCAUUCACAAACUAUCUCCACCUGAAGAUGGUGGCGUAGUUUACGUGUCUGAGGGCGCGAACACCAUGGAUAUUUCACGCAGUGCAUUCCCCGUGGAACAUCCACGAUUGCGUCUUGAUGCUGGCACACAUGCAACAAUGGGCGUGGGCUUAGGGUACGCCAUUGCAGCUCAUUGUGCGUAUAACUUUCCUUCGCGAGAAGCGCACAGUGGGCCAAACUCUUCCCCCAAAAAAGUUGUUUGUUUAGAAGGUGAUUCUGCUUUCGGAUUCUCACUAGCAGAAGUCGAAACGAUGGCGCGGUAUGGAAUGGAUAUCCUUAUCUUUGUUAUGAAUAAUGGUGGGGUGUAUCAAGGCGAUAGCGAAAGCUCUGAUGCGUGGUUGAAAUUACAAAAGAACAGUGAAGUAGGUUCAAAGGGAGGGCUACGAAGUACGAGCUUAGGAUGGGAAGUUGGUUAUGAGAAAGUUGCGGAGAUGUGUGGUGGAAAAGGCUAUCUAGUCCGUACUCCUGAUGAACUUGCAAGAGCCACAGAGGAGGGUUUCAAAGCGAGCGUACCCGUGAUCGUAAAUAUUAUUAUAGAAACGGGAGCACAGAAGAGUUUGGUAAGUAAUUCCUCAAUAACCGGUUAUGAUUGCUCGACUAAUCCAGUUGAAGGAAUUUGCAUGGCAGCAAGAUUCGAGGAAAAGUUCAAAUAA